AUGACUGGCGAAACGUUCAUCAUUUUGCUACACGGCCUCAUUAGCCCGGCGUUGGCCCUACAGAGGAUCAAGCUCGGCCUGCCACAUGACAAGAAAGCCCUUCUUUUAUGCGACGCGUGGUCAGGCUUUCACACCUUCAAAGGCGGCCUGGACGCUAUCAGGGCCGCAUGGAGCGAGCAAGCUCACUGUGUGCUUCCAAUAUACUGUGUAUGUUUGCGUGCCCGCUUCGCAUUGUCAACUCAUGAGGCUGGCGGGUUUAGCGCCAACGGCCAGCCAAUAGACCAAGUACACCAUUUGUUGAGGGCUCGGCUAGAACUGGUGGACGCCGAUGACAUCGCAUGUGAAUCAGAUCUACACCGGCGUCCCCGCUACGAUGCCCUCCCCAUAGCGCCGAGCGGACAGCCUGCCCGUCCCAACAGCUUCAAUCACCAUACCCUUCUGCUACGAACACUGCGAGCAUGGGAGAGCGUCCCUCGCAAAGCAUGUGUGGCGGCUUGGAUUGUGACUGGGUAUUUCGCGAAGGAGCACUUCGACCCUGAAGUUGGAUUAUCGCCUGAAGAGGCGACAGCGUUCCUGGACGACACAGGCAUGCUCAGAACGAUGGGCAUCAAGAGCGAUCUAGCAGGCCAAGCGCCUAAGACAGACAGGUGGUAUUGGGCUUUGAAGAUGGUCAACGACCGUGGGAGUGAAACCUUCAGGCGCAGCACUUCGGACAUGGUGGUGAUCCUGGACGCGCUCUAA